AUGGCCGCCAUGACCAGAUGGUUUAAUAAUCUAGCCCGCUUCCCACUUGCAAAGACGGGCCUCCUUCUGUUUUGCACUCUAUUCUUCCUUCUAUCGUUUGGAGAUGCUACACCGAUAGACCUGGGUUUUGAGAAUAGCCAGCUUGAAGCCCGCACAACUUCUGGAUGGCAAAAUAUUUUCCUCAAAGGGAGAAACCUAAGAUGCGCAAUGGACUACGACGAAAAUAUUGCCGCUGGCUGUUUCCCCGAAGACAAUGUUCCACCCAUUAGAAGUGCAUGGACUAGUUAUGGAGACUUGAAAACUUGGGGCUGGGCCAAGACCAAUAAUGGUCCUGAGAGUUCUUAUUUCGCCGAAUUGGAUGAUAGUGUUAAAAUAUUGCAGGGGCUAGGUGUGCAGCCGCAAAAUUUGGAGUAUAUCGAAUGGCGCCAUGACAAAGAUGUGGUUGUGGGCGGCGUGGAAUAUGGUAAAACGGGCGGAUAUUAUCACGAAUUUUAUGAUGCUGCCGACGGUGUGAUCUUAGCAGACAACAACCGGAGCCCUGAACAAGUUAAAAGUGAUUGCCCUGUUGAACAUAUGACCAAGCUCAGGAAGUGGUCUGAUGUGGUAUUCCUUCAAUGGCAACGGUUAUGCCAGCAGCGCAAGGCCUCGGUCAAAAAUCUGAAAUACAUCGUUCGGAGUUUUAUUACGAAUACGACGACGAAAACCAUCAUGCGGCAAGUACUUGGAGAAGCGCAGGAUUUUAAUGAUUGGAAAAAGUACAAAAAAGGUAUUUCGUUUGAUCGAAGCAACCAGUACUUUAAUGGUUUGUUGGGAACUCCUAACGUUGCAAGCUCAGCUUGGUUGUUGAUUAACCACAAGCCUCAACUUGGUAAAAAGAGAAUCUCGGAAAUUACUAUCCGAGGUUCAUUCCGCCCAAAGAGCAAGGAGAAUUCUAAGGCGGAAUGGGUGCCAGUAAUGAUUCUUAAAAUCGAAGAUGUCUGA